CAGGCCCAGAUUCAUCACUCGAUUGGACCUCAUCCGAACAUUGUGACGCUUCAUCAAACGCUCGAGACGCCUUCGUAUUUGUUACUCGUGUUGGAGUAUGUUCCAGGCGAGGAUUUGUUUUAUUUCCUUGAACAGUCGAGGGAUGGGCAUUCCUCUGUUACCGCUGCUGCUGGAUCUCCUCGUUCGCAGUCCAACACAAACUCGAAUUGUCACUCGGGAUGUGAGUCGUCGCAUUCGUCUGGUGGGUCUACCCCUUUUGAUAGUGAUGAGAUGGGGACGGGGAUGGUGAACACGCCGCCGACGCCUUCGUUGCUUUCGAGCGUGAGGCCCGGUGUGAUGUUUAGUCAGGCGAGAUUGAAACUUGUUGCGAGUAUGUUUAAGCAGAUGUGUGAUGCCGUUCAGGCAUGCCACUCGCGCGGGAUCGCUCACCGGGACAUCAAGCCUGAGAACUUUAUCGUGACCAAGGCCGUUGUACCGACCUCAUCCCAGUUGCCUGCUGCUGCUGCUGCUGCUGCUGCCGAGUCGUUGAACGAACAACGAGUGGUGGUGAAGUUGUCGGACUUUGGAUUGGCGACGGUUGAGAGGGAGAGUGCUGAUGUUGAUUGUGGGAGUGCGCCUUAUAUGAGCUUUGGUGAGUUGUUGUUGUUGUUGUUGUCGUUGUCGUUGGUCGCAGUGAAGGGACUGAUCCAUUCUUAUUUGUUGUUAGAGUGUCGGAAUAAUGUUGGACCGACGUAUACUACUCAACCUGCUGGUAUGUGA